UUGCAGGAUGGCAAAUAAUAAAGUUGCAGUUGGGAUUGAUCUAGGUACAACAUACUCUUGUGUUGGAGUAUGGCAACAUGAUCGAGUUGAAAUCAUUACUAAUGAUCAAGGUAACAGAACUACGCCAUCGUGUGUUGCUUUCGCUGCCACGGAGCGUUUCAUUGGCGAUGCUGCUAGAAAUCAGGCUGCUUUGAAUCCUGUCAACACCAUAUUCGAUGCUAAAAGGUUGAUUGGAAGGAGAUUCUCUGAUUCAACAGUGAAAAGUGAUGUGAAGCUCUGGCCAUUCAAGGUGGUUGGUGAUUCUGAUGACAGACCUAAGAUUGUUGUGAAUUACCGGGGUGUCGAGAAACGAUUCUCACCGGAGGAGUUAUCAUCCAUGGUACUCAUCAAGAUGAGGGAAAUUGCUGAGAAGUAUUUGGGAAAGGAAAUACAGAAUGCUGUUGUUACUGUUUCCGCACGUUUUAGUAAUUCACAGCGCCAAGCUACAAAAGAUGCAGCAAGAAUAGCUGGGCUCAAUGUAUUGCGUAUCCUUGUUGAGCCGACAGCUGCUGCAGUCGCGUAUGGUCUUGACCAAAAGCUUACAAGCAGUUCAGUGGGGCAGAGAACAGUUCUUAUUUUUGAUCUUGGUGGAGGUUCUUUCGAUGUGUCUCUCCUUCAAAUCAAAAAGGGUAACUUUAAAGUGCUGGCUACUGCAGGUGAUACUCACCUUGGAGGUGAGGACUUUGACAAUCGUUUGCUAAACCAUUUUGUUGAGGAAUUUAAAAGCAAGCAUAGAAAAGACAUAAGUCGAAAUGCUAAAUCUUUAAGAAGAUUGAAAAAUGCUUGUGAGAAGGCGAAGAGGAUUCUCUCUCAUAAUGCUAUGACAACUAUUGAUAUUGAUUCUUUGUAUGAGGGAAUUGAUUAUCACGCAAAAGUUACUCGGGCCAAAUUCGAGAACCUAAACUUGGAUCUAUUCAGAAGUUGUGUGGACACUGUAAAGAAGUGUUUGCAAGAUGUGGAGAUGGACAAGAACAAUGUAGAUGAUGUUGUGCUUGUGGGUGGAUCUACUAGAAUUCCUAAAGUGCAACAGCUGUUGCAACAGUUUUUCAAUGGGAAGGAACUUUGCAAGAACAUAAAUCCUGAAGAGGCUGUUGCUUAUGGUGCUGCUGUACAAGCAGCUGUUUUGAGUGGAGAGGCUAAUCACAAUAUUAAGAACUUGAUGCUACUGGAUGUUACUCCUCUGUCUCUUGGUACCGAAGUGAGCGGUAAUCUCAUGGAUGUAAUAAUUCCAAGGAACACAACUGUUCCCGUUUCAAUGCAAAAUUUUUUUAGCACAGUUAGAGAUGAUCAAAAAGUUGUGGGAGUCGGAGUAUAUGAGGGUGAGAGAACAAGAGUGGAAGACAACAAUUUACUUGGAGAGUUUGAACUACGUGACCUGCCUCCUGCCCCGAGGGGCAAAGUUAAGAUUUGCAUAACCUUUACAAUUGAUGGUGACGGGGUACUAAAUGUUUCAGCUGAGCAUGAGAGUUCUGGACUGAAGAAAAGCAUUAAAAUCAUCAGAGGAGGAACGCUAACAGAGGAGGAGAUCGAAAACAUAGUAAAGAAUGCUGAACAGUUUAAGACUGAAGACGAGGAGUUCAAGCGGAAGGUUAAUGCAAUGGUUGCAUUUGAGGAUUAUGUAUAUAACAGGAGGGAAGAAACUGAAACAAGUUGCAUGCUUGAAGCUUCUGUCAAAAAGAUGUUAAGUUAUUCUUUUAAAGAGGCAAUUGAAUGGAUUAAUUCAAACAGAAAUGCUGAAAUUUGCGAGUACGAGUACAAGAAGCAGCAGCUUGAGGCAAUCUGCAAUAGACACAUCCCUGGCAUUGAAGGUAUUAAGAUUGAGUAA